CGUAAAGAAUUGACGAAAUAUAAGGGCGCGUCUACACAUUCACAAUUCACCGAAUUCCGAGCAAACAUUUAGCUACACCGAGUAGUAGGAGCAGUUUACAAGUAAUGAAUAUUCGGUAUUCGCCGUUUUCCAAUUCUUGUCGGUUCUUGUGUCGAAUCAAAGGAGUAGAAUAUUUGCCUGCAGGCAUUCGUGUGUCCAUCCAUACAUCCGUACUAGCAUAUAUAUCGGAAGCUGUUGUUCACAUAUAUUAACGAAUUACAAUGGCGGAAUUAAAAUCUUCUGGGAGUUUAGAUGAUCUAGAGUUAGAAGAAUCAGAAUCUGUAUCAGAAUUAGAGAAGAAAUUUCAUAGAGCAUCAUCUCAUUUAACCAAAAUAGCAAGCAAUCUUACUCCAAAUCAACUUUUGCGUUGUUAUGCUUUCUAUAAGCAAGCAACACAAGGUCCUUGUAAUACCCGAAAGCCUGGUUUAUUUGAUUUUCAAAAUAAACAAAAAUGGGCUGCAUGGAAUAAUUUGGGAAGUAUGUCAAAAGAAACUGCCAUGUCUGAGUAUGUUGCUGCUGUAAAAUCAUGUGACCCUGACUGGAAUGAGAAUGACAAUAUAAAUAAAGAAAUCUUUGGUCCAGUUUUUAGUACAUUACCAAAUACAGAUGAAUAUAUUAAUGAUGAUGAUAAAACUGCUUUUGAUUGGGUAAAAGAGAACAACAUACGCAAAUUAAUGAACUAUAUACAUGCGAAGAGUUAUUUAUUAAAUGAACAAGAUGAAAUGCAAAUGACAUUGCUGCAUUGGGCAUGUGAUCGAGGUCAUACUUCUAUUGUUGAAUAUUUACUGGAAAAUAAUGCUGAUAUUGAUGCUCAAGAUGAAGAUGGCCAGACACCUCUACAUUAUGCUAGUUCAUGUGGCUAUCCAGAAAUUGUAAAACUUCUUUUAAAGAAAGGAGCUAAAAUACUAAAAGAUGACAAUGGCUUAUCACCAAAAGAUGUAACUUUCAAUGAAGAAAUUUCAUCUCUUUUCAAUUCUUGAUAAUUCUCUUCAAACCAAUGCCAUUUGAUGUUUCAUGUCCCUGUUUUCUAAGUUUUUUUGUGUUCAUAGUUUUAAAAAAUACAUUUCAUUCUUUGCUUUUUAUAAUAAAAUUUACUUUGUUUUUGUAAUUGUAUACAAUUCUUUACAAGUAACUUAUUAACUAAUCAAAAAACAUUAAUGCUUGUGCUAACUUUAACAAUGAAUAUCUGAAUAACAAAUAACAUCCCUUUUUUUGCCUUGAUAUAGAUCAAUUUCAU